AUGCCAUCCCGUCCCUUCGGCCCACAAGGCUUCCGUGAAUGCUGGGGCGACUACCGCGCCGAAGCAGACCUAGAAGACCCUUCGCUCCCGCUCUACCGUUUCCAGCGCGACCUCCCGCGUCUGCCCGUGCCGCCACUCGCAGACACUAUCGCUCUGUACCUUUCCACUCUACCACCUCUUGUAUCAGCCGCAGAACUCGCCCACUCGAAAGAAUUGGCCGCUGCCUUUCUACGACCUAAUGGCAAAGGCGAAGAGCUCCAGCAGCGCCUCGUGGCUCGUGCGCACGACCGCCACGCUUCGAGCUACUUGGCCGAGUGGUGGAACACGAUCGGAUACCUCCGAGUCCGGGAUCCCGUCGUACUUAACGUGAGCUACUUUUUCCACUUUGCAGACAGCAUUUAUCCAAGUCAACGCUCGAAUGUCGGUCGAGCGGCAGCCUUACUACGGGCCUCCAUGCUCUUUGCUGGUCACGUGGCCGACGGGUCGCUCGAGCCAGAGCGACUGGGCCGGAACAAGACGCCAGUCUGUGCCACUGCGUACAAGUACAUGUUCCAUUCUUGUCGCAUUCCACGACGUGAGCAGGACUCGUACCGGAUCUAUGAUCCCAAGACGCACACCCAUGCCGUGGUGAUGCGUCGCAAUCAGUUUUUCCGAUUAGAGCUCGUGGAUCCACGGUCGAGAGAAGUAUUGGGUUUUGAGGCGCUGUGCUUUCAAUUGGCUCGGAUCCUGGACGCUGCAGGAGACGCAGAGAUGCCAGUGGGCGUGUUGACGACGCAGGAUCGAGAUACGUGGGCGGAUGCCCGCGAGGAGUUGAUCCGAGCGUCACCGGGGAAUGAGGAAUCAUUGCGGACGAUUGAGAGCUCCUUAUUGAUACUCAAUAUGGACGACGACGCGCCAGUGACGCGUACAGAAGUGGCGCGUGGCCUUUGGCAUGGCAACGGACGCAACCGCUUCUUUGACAAGUGCGUGCAGAUUGUUGUGUUUGAGAGCGGCAAGGCCGGGCUCGUAGGAGAACACUCGAUGCUCGAUGGUAUGCCCAUGGCACGCUAUGCGGACUACGUGCUAUCGCGUCUGCAUCAUGGACAGAUUGACAUGGGCCGCCAUGGUCAAACGAUUGCGCAGCUGACAGAAGAACUGGAGCCUCCUAAGCAGAUUAUGUUUCGCUUGACGGAUGAGACUCGACGUAAUAUUGCUGAAGCAGAAGCGAAAUUUGACCAGACGGUGAUCGACCACGAAGUCUGUGUGAUGGCUUUUUACGGCUACGGUGCGCGCCUGAUUAAGGGGUUUCGUUGUAGUCCGGAUGCUUUCGUCCAGCUAGCAAUCCAGCUCGCUUACAAGAAGCUGUUCAAGAAGAACGUGGCUACGUACGAGGCUGUGCAGACGCGCAUUUUCUUGCACGGACGCACAGAAACAACACGUAGCUCCUCAAAAGCAAGUGCCAAGUUUACAGAUGCGAUGGCGGACACAUCAGGUGCCGUCACUAGUGAGGAGAAAAGAAGGCUUCUAUUAGCUGCCACCAGUGCGCACGUCGCGUACAUGCGGAAAGCUGGUGCCGGGCGCGGUGUAGACCGGCACCUUUUGGGUCUGAAGUUGCUGGUCCGGCCUGGCGAAUGCGUGCCAUUCUUUGAGGAUCCAGUGAUGGCUAGAGCCAGUCGCUGGCUCAUUUCCACAAGUCACCUGACCAACAAGUUGUUUGACGGCUGGGGCUGGGGUGAGGUCGUGCCUGAAGGUCUAGGAAUCGCCUAUAGCGUCAAGAAUGAUUCGGUCCAGUUCAAUAUUGCAUGCCGUCAGCAUGGUAAUUGGGGAGCCCGAAUGGGCCAUUUGCUGGAGGAAAGCCUCGUUGAGAUGCAGCAGCUCUUUGCCGAACCCAUAGAAGUAGGCGCCAAGCUGUAA